AUGGAAAAACAACGUGAUCCCACAGGACGAUUCAUUUUGAUAGAUAAAAGUGCAGGAAACUAUGAAGCCUUGAUUGAGCAAGAAAUGAACAAGAUUUAUGAACGUGUAAAAAAAUUAGACCCCAAUCAAUCCGAAUUUUUACAAGCAUUUCACGAAAUUUUGUACAGCUUAAAACCGUUAUUUAUGGAAGAGCCCAAGUAUUUGCCAAUUAUAGAAAUGUUAUCAGAACCUGAGCGAAUCAUACAAUUUCGAGUCUGCUGGAUUGAUGAUAAUGGCAUUCAAAGAAAGAACAGGUGUUUCAGAGUUCAGUUUAAUAGUAUAUUGGGUCCGUACAAAGGCGGAUUACGAUUUCAUCCAUCCGUAAAUUUAUCAAUUGUAAAAUUUUUGGGAUUUGAACAAAUAUUUAAAAAUUCGUUAACAGGGUUAUCACUGGGAGGGGGAAAAGGAGGCUCUGAUUUUGAUCCAAAAGGAAAAUCAGAUAGCGAAAUUUUGAAAUUCUGCCAAAGUUUUAUGAAUGAAUUGUAUAGACAUAUAGGACCAUGUACAGAUGUACCUGCAGGAGAUAUUGGAGUUGGUGGAAAAGAAAUAGGUUAUUUAUUUGGUCAAUAUAAAAAAUUAUCGAAUAAUUUUAAUGGAACUUUAACAGGAAAAAAUGUAAAAUGGGGAGGAUCGAAUUUGAGAACAGAAGCAACAGGAUAUGGAUUAGUAUAUUUCGUGUUAGAAGUUUUGAAAUCUUUAAACAUCCCAGUAGAAACACAAACAGCAGUAGUUAGUGGUAGUGGAAAUGUUGCCCUGUAUUGUGUUGAGAAAUUAUUAGAUUUGAAUGUGAAAGUUUUAACUCUAAGUGAUAGCGAUGGAUAUAUAAUGGAACCAAAUGGCUUUACAAAGAAUGAUUUGGAAUAUAUAAAACAUUUAAAAGAAAUGAAAAAAGGAAGAAUUAAGGAAUAUAUAAAUCAUUCUUCAACAGCUACUUACUAUCCUAAUGAAAAACCUUGGGAAGUUCCAUGUACAUUGGCCUUUCCAUGUGCUACCCAAAAUGAAAUAAAUCUUGAAGAUGCAAAAAUUUUACACAAAAAUGGAUGUAUUCUGGUUGGUGAAGGGGCAAAUAUGCCAUCAACAGUUCAUGCUAUUAAUUAUUUUAAAUUAAAUAAAAUUAUUUUUUGCCCUUCAAAAGCUUCAAACGCAGGAGGCGUAGCUAUUAGUGGUCUUGAAAUGAGUCAGAAUUUUCAAUUCACCCAAUGGUCAAGAGAGGAUGUAGAUGAGAAACUAAAAGAAAUUAUGAAAAAUAUUUUCAAUACAUGUUCAGAAAAUGCUUUAAAAUAUACAAAAAAUAAAUAUGAUUUGCAAGCUGGUGCUAACAUAGCUGGUUUUUUAAAAGUUGCACAAUCGUACAUUGAGCAAGGUUGUUUCUAG